UAGGAAUAACCUUCAAUAACUUUGUGACAGUUAAGUGUAGUGUCACCAAAAUCACUACACAACUCUACAGUGUCAUCAUGGUCAUACUACGAAGUUCGAAUCUGCCAAUAUCUGCCAACUUUACCGAACUCUUCGGCUCGCGUCCGCCCCCAUUCAUCAAAUUAUAGCCUACCAGGGAAAAAAAAUUGUACGGUAAUGCAUGUGUAAUACGAUCUACAUUCAUUUGGUCGGAAUUGUUGGAGCUGGAGCUUGUUUUGGCUCUUACCCCCGAAGAAAUGAGAAUCAUUAAUGUUUUAUGUCUUUGGGGCUGUUUUAUAUUUUGCUUCUCAAAAGAAGUUUGUCCUAGAGUGACACUGACGCCCACAGAUCCCCUGGUGGUGGGCAGAGGGAGUGGCAUCUUGGCGAUCUGCACUGCCGCCGAUGGCCUUCCGGAAGCAGAGGUGUCAUGGCGCACAGACCAGCUGGAUGGCCCAGUUGAGGUCAUGAAGAACAUGACACAGAACCCCGACGGCACGACAACUGUCAGGAGUCACCUGCUGGUGACCCCCACCAGGUCCAUAUAUGAUCGAGAAGUGCAGUGUGUGGUGAAGCAUUCGUCGCUGGAGCACGAUGAGAUCGUGCCACACAGGAUCUCUGUGCACUAUGCUCCACAGUCCGUGAAUAUAACUCUAAAUGCAACGUCAUCCGAAGGUCCAGUCUUCCAUUGUGAUGUAGAUGCCAAUCCUGCACCUACGAGAUACACCUGGAGAAGAAUGAACGGUGAAGUACUGAGUCCUUCGCUCAGACCGGUCGGACACAAACUGUUGUUUUUAAAGAUGGACGCAGAUCUGAACGGCCUGUAUGUAUGUGAGGCAUCAAAUCAAUAUGGCCAACUUACUGGGACCCUCUUUGUGUAUAUAGAUAUUUCCCAAGACUACAGUGGAGGUCUUCUUGCAGUGAUUGUGGUCUUAUUUUCUACUCUCAGUCUCAUGAUCAUCUAUACAUGACACUACAGCAGAGCCCUACGAUGGCUCCCAAGUGUCCUGCAUCUUCCUUCUGGCCUUCUGGUACUAGUGAUCCUAAGACCUUGACCAUUCAGGAGAAGGUAAAACUCCUGGAUAUGCUUCUGGAAGGAAAGCGUUACGUGGACGUCGCUUGCCAUUAUGGCUUGAUCAAUGGUACAAUACAUCAAGAAGGAAGAAAAGAAUAUAUAAGAGCCAUAAAUGUUUUUAUUUUUAUAUAUUCCAUUACGUAUACAGAGAGAGAGAUGUGUGUGUGUGUGUGUAUGUAUAUA